AUGAAAAGUAUUCUUAAGAAUAGAGGUGUGAAUAUUCAGAGAAGUAGCAGUUUAGAUACAAAACAUCAAACCAAUGAAUCAGUUGACGAAGAAGAUGAAAAUGAUCGAAUUGAAUCUGAAAAAUCUGGAAAAUCCGAAAAGAAACGUGCAUUUAUUCGUGAUGAACAUGGAGUUUGUAGACCUGGUGAAUUAGAUGAAGAUACAAAUAUGAGUAAAAAUCAUGAAUCACGAUCGUCUGUUGUAGAUCGUACUGCUGCAGAACGAAUUUCAUAUCGUUUGGUUCAACAGCGUAGUUUAGAUUUCGGAUUGUAUCGUAAACUGAAUAAUUUCAACAUUGAUUCAAACAACAGUCCUAUUCAAUCUGGUAGUCAAAUUUUAGAGAAUGAUGAUAAUUCUAAUGUCAGUAACAGAUUAAAAAAAGAUAAUAACGAAUACUAUGAUGAUAAUGAUAAUGAUGAUAGCGGUGAUAUUCAACAUGAUGAAUCCUUCCGUAAUAUAGAUUUGGAACAUGAAGAAGAAGAAGAAGAAGAUAAUAGUACUAUUCAAAAUGAUGAAUUCUACACAAAUCCUAAAAUUAAAGAACUUGGCAAAGAAUUCACAUUAAAAGAUAUUUUAGGUCAUCGUGUACCAGAACUAGAAAUUGACAUUAUAAAAGAUGAUGAAGAGAUGGGACAGAAUGAAUAA